AUGCCGCGGCAACGGCGCACCGAGGAGCCAGACAUCCCCCAGGGCUUCCGCUUCGUGGGUCCGACCAGGGCCGAAGCAGAGGCCGCGUUGCCGCCACAAGGACAGUCCCCAAGCACGACCUUCCAGGCACGCCGCUUCGACGAAGAGCUUCAAGCGUACCUGGAGGACAACCGUGUCUGCAACAGCUCCACAUGCCGCACCACUCCAUCAGCUGCAGGACACAAGGUCGGUACGCUCCUGCGACAGCACCGAGGUCGGAACUGCAGCAAGGCACGGCCACGGCAAAGCAAGCUCGCCCUGCACGAGGCCGCCGAAGAGAUCUGCCCGGAGGACAACAGCACACAAGCCAAGCAGCCGGUAGCCCUGCUCGAUCUAGUCGAAGGAGCUCUGCGACAGUGA